AUGGACUUCUCCGCCGCCCAUGUUCACACCCAUUGUUCCUGUGUCACAGCCACCACACAGGUCCCCAGGUACCUGGAACAGAGCACUGCCAGCGGACAGUACACAUCUGGGGACUUGUCCGCAUCUGGUGGACAACAAUCUAUAUCUAAUCAAGCUGCCUCAACAAGCGGACAGUACACAACUGGAGAUUUGUCCGUAUCUGGUGGACAACAAUCUAUGUCUAAUCAAGCUGCCUCAACAAGUGGACAGUACACAAAUGGAGACUGGUUUACAUCUGAAGGACAACAAUCGGCAUCUAACCAAGUUGCCUCAAAUAGUGGACAGUACGGAGCUGUAGACUUGUCAACAUCUGGUGGACAACAAUCUAUAUCUAAUAAAGUUGCCUCAACAAGCGGACAGUACACAACUGGAGAUUUGUCGACAUUUGGUGGACAACAACCUAUGUCUAAUCAAAUUGCCCCAACAAGUGGACAGUACACAACUGGUGACUUGUCGACAUUUGGUGGACAACAAUCUAUGUCUAAUCAAGUUGUCUCAACAAGCGGACAGUACACAACUGGAGACUUGUCGACAUUUGGUGGACAACAACCUAUGUCUAAUCAAGUUGCCUCAACAAGCGGACAGUACACAACUGGAGACUUGUCGACAUUUGGUGGACAACAACCUAUGUCUAAUCAAGUUGCCUCAACAAGCGGACAGUACACAACUGGAGACUUGUCGACAUUUGGUGGACAACGAUCUAUGUCUAAUCAAGCUGCCUCAACAAGCGGACAGUACACAUCUGGAGACUUGUCCGCAUCUGGUGGACAACAAUCUAUAUCUAAUCAAGCUGCCUCAACAAGCGGACAGUACACAUCUGGAGAUUUGUCCGUAUCUGGUGGACAACAAUCUAUGUCUAAUCAAGCUGCCUCAACAAGUGGACAGUACACAAAUGGAGACUGGUUUACAUCUGAAGGACAACAAUCGGCAUCUAACCAAGUUGCCUCAAAUAGUGGACAGUACGGAGCUGUAGACUUGUCAACAUCUGGUGGACAACAAUCUAUAUCUAAUAAAGUUGCCUCAACAAGCGGACAGUACACAACUGGAGAUUUGUCGAUAUUUGGUGGACAACAACCUAUGUCUAACCAAGUUGCCUCAACAAGUGGACAGUACACAACCGGAGAUUUGUCCGUAUCUGGUCGACGACAAUCUAUGUCUAAUCAAGCUGCCUCAACAAGUGGACAGUACACAACCGGAGGCUUGUCAACAUCUGGUGGACAACAAUCUAUGUCUAAUCAAGCUGCCUCAACAAGCGGACAGUACACAACUGGAGACUUGUCGACAUCUGGUGGACAACAAUCUAUAUCUAAUCAAGCUGCCUCAACAAGCGGACAGUACACAACUGGAGACUUGUCGACAUUUGGUGGACAACAAUCUAUGUCUAAUGAAGCUGCCUCAACAAGCGGACAGUACACAUCUGGGGACUUGUCCGCAUCUGGUGGACAACAAUCUAUAUCUAAUCAAGCUGCCUCAACAAGCGGACAGUACACAACUGGAGAUUUGUCCGUAUCUGGUGGACAACAAUCUAUGUCUAAUCAAGCUGCCUCAACAAGUGGACAGUACACAAAUGGAGACUGGUUUACAUCUGAAGGACAGCAAUCGGCAUCUAACCAAGUUGCCUCAACAAGUGGACAGUACGGAGCUGUAGACUUGUCAACAUCUGGUGGACAACAAUCUAUAUCUAAUAAAGUUUCCUCAACAAGUGGACAGUACACAACUGGAGAUUUGUCGAUAUUUGGUGGACAACAACCUAUGUCUAAUCAAGUUGUCUCAACAAGCGGACAGUACACAACUGGAGACUUGUCGACAUUUGGUGGACAACAACCUAUGUCUAAUCAAGUUGUCUCAACAAGCGGACAGUACACAACUGGAGACUUGUCGACAUUUGGUGGACAACAACCUAUGUCUAAUCAAGUUGCCUCAACAAGCGGACAGUACACAACUGGAGACUUGUCGACAUUUGGUGGACAACAACCUAUGUCUAAUCAAGUUGCCUCAACAAGCGGACAGUACACAACUGGAGACUUGUCGACAUUUGGUGGACAACAACCUAUGUCUAAUCAAGUUGCCUCAACAAGCGGACAGUACACAUCUGGGGACUUGUCCGCAUCUGGUGGACAACAAUCUAUAUCUAAUCAAGCUGCCUCAACAAGCGGACAGUACACAACAGGAGAUUUAUCCGUAUCUGGUGGACAACAACAACCUAUGUCUAAUCAAGUUGCCUCAACAAGCGGACAGUACACAACUGGAGACUUCUCAACAUUUGGUGGACAACAAUCUAUGUCUAACCAAGCUGCCUCAACAAUUGGACAGUACACAACCGGAGAUUUGUCCGUAUCUGGUCGACGACAAUCUAUGUCUAAUCAAGCUGCCUCAACAAGCGGACAGUACACAACCGGAGGCUUGUCAACACCUGGUGGACAACAAUCUAUGUCUAAUCAAGCUGCCUCAACAAGCGGACAUGGAGGCUUGUCAACAAUCUGGUGGACAACAAUCUAUCUAAUCAAGCUGCCUCAACAAGUGGACAGUACACAAACUUGGAGACUGGUUAUACAUCUGAAGUACACAACAAUCGGACAACAAUCAUCUAAUCAAGUUGCUUCAACAAGUGGACAGUACACAACUGGAGACUUGUCGACAUUUGGUGGACAACAAUCUAUGUCUAAUCAAGUUGCCUCAACAAGCGGACAGUACACAACUGGAGACUUGUCAACAUCUGGUGGACAACAAUCUAUGUCUAAUAAAGUUGCUUCAACAAGCGGACAGUACACAACUGGAGACUUGUCGAUAUUUGGUGGACAACAACCUAUGUCUAAUCAAGUUGCUUCAACAAGUGGACAGUACACAACUGGAGAUUUGUCGACAUCUGGUGGACAACAAUCUAAUAUGUCUAAUCAAGCUGCCUCAACAAGUGGACAGUACACAACCGGAGGCUUGUCAACACCUGGUGGACAACAAUCUAUGUCUAAUCAAGCUGCCUCAACAAGUGGACAGUACACAACUGGAGGCUUGUCAACAUCUGGUGGACAACAAUCUAUAUCUAAUCAAGCUGCCUCAACAAGCGGACAGUACACAACUGGGGACUUGUCAACAUUUGGUGGACAACAAUCUAUAUCUAAUCAAGCUGCCUCAACAAGCGGACAGUACACAUCUGGGGACUUGUCCGCAUCUGGUGGACAACAAUCUAUAUCUAAUCAAGCUGCCUCAACAAGCGGACAGUACACAACUGGAGACUUCUCAACAUUUGGUGGACAACAAUCUACAUCUAAUCAAGCUGCCUCAACAAGUGGACAGUACACAACUGGAGGCUUGUCAACACCUGGUGGACAACAAUCUAUGUCUAAUCAAGCUGCCUCAACAAGCAGACAGUACACAACUGGAGGCUUGUCAACACCUGGUGGACAACAAUCUAUGUCUAAUCAAGCUGCCUCAACAAGUGGACAGUACACAACUGGAGGCUUGUCAACACCUGGUGGACAACAAUCUAUGUCUAAUCAAGCUGCCUCAACAAGUGGACAGUACACAACUGGAGACUUGUCAACAUUUGGUGGACAACCAUCUAUAUCUAAUCAAGCUGCCUCAACAAGCGGACAGUACACAACUGGAGGCUUGUCAACACCUGGUGGACUGGAAUCUAUGUCUUAUCAAGCUGCCUCAACAAGUGGACAGUACACAACUGGAGGCUUGUCAACACCUGGUGGACAACAAUCUAUGUCUAAUCAAGCUGCCUCAACAAGCGGACAGUACACAACUGGAGACUUGUCGACAUUUGGUGGACAACCAUCUACAUCUAAUCAAGUUGCCUCAACAAGCGGACAGUACGCAACUGGAGGCUUGUCAACACCUGGUGGACAACAAUCUAUGUCUAAUCAAGCUGCCUCAACAAUUGGACAGUACACAACUGGAGACUUGUCAACAUUUGGUGGACAACCAUCUAUGUCUAAUCAAGCUGCCACAACAAGUGGACAGUACACAACAGGAGACUUGUCGACAUUUGGUGGACAACUAUCUAUGUCUAAUCAAGCUGCCUCAACAAGCGGACAGUACACAUCUGGGGAUUUGUCCGUAUCUGGUGGACAACAAUCUAUAUCUAAUCAAGAUGCUUCAACAAGCGGACAGUACACAACUGGAGGCUUGUCAACACCUGGUGGACUGGAAUCUAUGUCUUAUCAAGCUGCCUCAACAAGUGGACAGUACACAACUGGAGGCUUGUCAACACCUGGUGGACAACAAUCUAUGUCUAAUCAAGCUGCCUCAACAAGCGGACAGUACACAACUGGAGGCUUGUCAACACCUGGUGGACAACAAUCUAUGUCUAAUCAAGUUGCCUCAACAAUCGGACAGUACACAACUGGAGAUUUGUCCGUAUCUGGUGGACAACAAUCUAUAUCUAAUCAAGAUGCCUCAACAAGCGGACAGUACACAACAGGAGACUUGUCAACAUUUGGUGGACAACAAUCUAUGUCUAAUCAAGCUGCUUCAACAAGUGGACAGUACACAAAUGGAGACUGGUUUACAUCUGAAGGACAACAAUCGGCAUCUAACCAAGUUGCCUCAAAUAGUGGACAGUACGGAGCUGUAGACUUGUCAACAUCUGGUGGACAACAAUCUAUGUCUAAUCAAGCUGCCUCAACAAGUGGACAGUACACAAAUGGAGUCUUGUUGACAUCUGGUGGACAACUAUCAGCAUCUAAUGAAGCUGCCUCAACAAGCGGACAGUACACAACUCGAGACUUUUCCGCAUCUGGAGGACAGCAUUCUAUAUCUAACCAAGCUGCUUCAAUCAAUGGCCAGUACGGACCUCUGGACUUUCCAGCUCCAGCUGGACACCAACCUUCAUCUACUCAAGGCCCCACAUCAACAAGUGGUCAGCAUGGAACUGUAGACUUGGCAACAUCUGCUGGGCAGCAAUUGGCACCUGGUGAAGCUGGCACUACAAGUGAACAGUACAGGAUUGUCGACAUUCGAAAAUCUGGUGGAAAAAAAUCUACCUCUAAUCAUGUGGCAACAACAAGUGGACAAUACGGAGCUGUAGACUUGUCAGGAUCUGCUGGGCAGCAACUAACACCUAGUCAAAAGACACCCUCCAUUCAAAGCAGGACACGAACACCCCUGAACAGUUUCAAUGUGUUUCAACCCAUAGAGUUUGGAGCAGGACAACAGCAGAAGUCAAAUCAAAUGUAUGACUCAAGUCUUCCAAGUGUUAUCUCAGAGACUACCGUUCCUGCCUUUGCAACUGGACAUCAAGAGUUUAUCAGCUUUCCUCAAGAAUCCUACAAGUACACUCCCAAACCUGUAGAGGGACAGUCAGUUCCAUUAUCAGAGAAUAACAUUAACCACCCCGUUGUCCCUCACACCGUAGCUGAUUCCAUCAAUAUCCUCCAACACUCACCCAAUAAAGAAGCUUCCAGUCAAGAGUCCAAGUCCCAUAGACAUCAUGUGAAUACAGUGAACAAGCCCUUGAGUACGAAUGGAGAUGCCAUAGUGCAAGACAACAAAAUACAGCACUACGUACAAAGCACACGAGAUUCCGGUUACAAUUCUGUAAACCCUGUACCACAAGAACCUAGCGAGACAUCUAAAGAACUGAAUGAGAGUCUGUUCGACUAUACGGCUGUGAACGGACAAGGUAUUGGCAACCUGCAAUCGGAAUUAGAUACACAGUAA